AUGUCAAGCGAAUUCCCUAUCUUCGCAGCGUCAUUGUACAAUAUCAUCUUAGCACGCCGAAUAGGGCACGUCCUUAACAAAGAUAACCAUCCUUCCGACUCGUUAAUUGACGGUCCGAUAACUAGCAAGCCCAGAGUAGCUUAUGGAGCCCGAUCAUGCGAAGCGAGCGACAUACAUCAUACUCUCUUGGAAAUGGAGAGUAAUGAAAUUGAUUCGCUUUAUCGCCGAGAUCGCCGAGAUGUCGUAAAUGCUCAACCUGGACAAACUGUCGAUGCGAACCCAACCAGGACAGUCAUCAUUCAAGAUGAUCAAACGAAAAUUGAGCUACCCGAUGAGACUAUCGUCGAGCAGCCAGGUCAGACCAUUGUCGAGGGAGACGGUACUCCGACAACUGAAAUUGCGACAUCACCAUCAAACGACUCUUCAUCCAGUUCAAGUCUCCCCACCUCGUCAACUUCGUCUUCCACACUCUCGAUUCCCUUGACUACUGGAACCGAUAUCCCGACACCCGGCACGAAUCCAACAUCGCUGGAUCCUACCGCAACAAGCGAUGAACUACCCUCUAGCCUAUCCAAUCACUCUACCAGCACCUCGACGGUUACUAUGCCACAGUCAAAUACACGUCCCUCGCUAAGUAGAGGAGCAAUAGCUGGUAUCUUCCUGGGUGUUGGAUUGACAAUUGCCAUUGUGUCUAUAUUUGCUUUUGCCAUUUACCGACGAGUCCGAAAGUCGAACUCCAGAUUAUCUGGUGUAGCAAGUGAUUCCACGAGGAGCAGGGCCCGGCGCAAUGGGUCUGGUAGAACGGUAUCCAUCGAGCCGUACCACAUUAGGGAGUUAUCUCGAACAUCAUGGGAUGAAGAUACUGCUACGUUGCGGAAGGUCAACUUGUCUGACAUGUGA